AUGCAAGCCAACUUCAUGAUCGACAUUGAAGACAAAGCCGAAGUUCCCAUCAUCUCAUUUUCAGCCACACGACCUUCCCUCACUUCUCACCGCAGCUCUUUCUUCUUCCGAGCCGCUCAAAACGAUUCGUCUCAAGUCAAAGCCAUUGGAGCUAUAGUUAAGACCUUCAAAUGGCGACAAGUCGUCCCCAUUUAUAGCGACAAUGAGUUCGGCGACGGUAUCAUCCCUGACCUAAUCGACGCUCUACAAGAAGUCGACACUGACGUGCCAUACCAAAGCAAAAUUUCCCCCACCGCAACCGACGAGCAAAUCAGCCUCGAACUUUACAAGUUAAUGACAAUGCAAACGAGAGUAUUCGUAGUACACAUGCUAGCCCGUGAUGCUUCUCGACUUUUCGCAAAGGCAAAAGAGAUUGGAAUGAUGAAAGAAGGGUACGUUUGGAUAAUCACAGAUGCUAUAGCAAAUCCAUUGGAUUUAAUAGAGCCUUCAAUAUUGGAGUCCAUGCAAGGAGUUUUAGGAAUAAGAACUCACGUCCCCAAAUCCAAAAGGCUUGAGUAUUUUAAACUUGAAUGGCGUAAGAGAUUUCGAAGAUAUUAUCCAACAAUAGAAGAUAUUCCUGAGUUGAACGUGUUUGGGUUAUGGGCUUACGAUGCAGCUUGGGCAUUGGCCGAAGCAGUGGAGAAGGCUGGAACAGAUAACCUCAAAUACAAGCCAGCCAUAAACAUACCAGCCAUGGAAAUGAACUCAUCAAACUAUUUAUACAGUCUAGGAGUGAAUGAAAAUGGUGUAAAAUUGAGAGAUGCAUUAUCAAAGGUGAGUUUCAAAGGGUUAGCUGGUAUGUUCGAUUUGAUAAAUGGGGAAUUGGAAUCAUCUGUUUUUGAGAUAGUGAAUUUGGUGGAUAAUGGAAGAAGAAAUGUUGGGUUUUGGUCAGUAGAAAGUGGGUUAAGGAGGAAAUUAAAAGAUCAGCUGGACGGUUCAAGAUCAAGAUCAACAAGUGGAUUGAGAACCAUAAUUUGGCCAGGAGAAGCAGAUUUUACUCCAAAAGGAUGGGAAAUUCCAACAAAUGGGAAAAAAUUGAGAGUUGGAGUUCCAAUAAGGAGUGGAUUUUUUGAGUUCGUGAAAGUGGGGUUCGAUCCUAAAACAAAUGAAACGAAAGUGAGUGGUUAUUGUAUUGAUGUGUUUAAGGCUGUGAUUGAAGCUUUGCACUAUCAUGUUGCUUAUGAAUUCGUUCCAGUUAGCAUUGCCAAUUCAUAUAUAGGUUCCAGCUAUAAUAGCUUGGCUUAUCGACUCUUCCUUGGGGUAAUUAUUAAGUACUAUUUAACUUUGAUUACUUAA